AUGGCGGAAGAAGCAGCUGCCAAUGCGGCGAAGAAGGAGGAGGAGGAGUUCAGCACCGGGCCCCUGUCCCUGCUCCUCAUGAGCGUCAAGAACAAUACUCAGGUGCUUAUCAACUGCCGGAACAACAAGAAGCUACUUGGUCGCGUGAGGGCAUUUGACCGUCAUUGCAACAUGGUUCUUGAGAAUGUCCGGGAGAUGUGGACUGAGGUUCCAAAGACUGGCAAAGGCAAGAAGAAGGCCCUUCCAGUGAACAAGGACAGGUUCAUCAGCAAGAUGUUCCUCCGCGGCGACUCGGUCAUCAUUGUUCUCAGGAACCCGAAAUGA